UGGAAAUCGCCACCAAGGCCAAUCCUUGGGGUGGGAACACGCUGAAGCCCGAUAGUCUGCGAUCGCAGCUGGAAACGUCCCUGGAGAGGCUGAAGAGGACAAGUGUGGAGCUCUUCUACCUCCAUGCCCCUGACCAUGGGACCCCAGUGGAGGAGACGCUGCGUGCCUGCAAUGAGCUGCACAAAGAAGGCAAGUUUAAAGAACUCGGUCUAUCAAACUACGCCGCGUGGGAGGUCGCAGAAAUCUGCACCAUCUGCAAAUACAACAACUGGGUGAUGCCAACUGUGUACCAGGGCAUGUACAACGCGACCACUCGCCAGGUGGAAGCCGAGCUGUUCCCGUGCCUGAGACACUUCGGACUGCGCUUCUACGCCUACAAUCCACUGGCAGGAGGGCUGCUGACCGGCAAGUACAAGUAUGAGGACAAAGACACACGCCAGCCCACUGGAAGAUUUUUUGGGAAUGACUGGGCUCAAGCCUACAGGGACAGGUACUGGAAGAAGCACAAUUUUGAAGGAAUUGCCCUAGUGGAGAGAGCUCUGAAAGAGGCUUACGGUUCCAGCGCACCGAGCCUGACCUCUGCCGCGUUGCGCUGGAUGUACCAUCACUCCAAGCUGCAGGGUUCACUGGGAGACAAAGUGAUUAUCGGGAUGUCCAGCUUGGAGCAGCUAGAGCAGAACCUUGACUACAGCGAAGAGGGUCCCCUGCUCCCUGCUGUUGUGGAGGCGUUCGAUAAAGCCUGGAACCUGACUGCGCACGACUGCCCCAACUAUUUCCGCUAGGUGCUCGGGUAGGAGGGACGAGAAAGCG